UUACAAUUUGAAGGCUACCUUAAACAAUUGCAAUUUUGUUAAUUUCUACUCUAUUGAACUAAUUAUUUCAAUUCAAUUUGAUUGUGCAUCCAAACACUUCUCCAUCUAGUCCCAUACAGUCGGUGAACCUAUUCCAAUUGUUUAUGGACUGUUGGCUGUUACACUUUUGACCAUUCAUUUUGAAGCUGAAAAUCACAUGGCUUGCAUUGCCCAUUGUGUAAAGAAGAAAUGAAAGAUGCUGAUUGACUGGCAAGUGCUGUUUCAGGAGUUUCUGGGACAAAUGUUGAAGUAUGUUGAACAAGAAUUGGCAAAGAAAAGGGGCAAGAGCAUUGAUGCUACAGAUCAUAUUGAGAAUGAUUUACAAAGUGCAGAGGAUGAAUUGUACGUCAUUCCAGAGCAUCUUAAGGGUUUUAAUCAAUUGUGCCUGAAUUUAGGCCUACAAGCACUUCACCCUUUUGAUGCCACUCGUGCUACGAGUAGACCAUAUAGAGGAUUUGUUUUUAUUUAUUUAUUUAUUUGAGACCAUUUUUAAUUUUAUUGUAAUAAAUAUUAUAUUUUUUUUAAUUACGAAGUAAUAUAAAUUUUAUUUAAUAUUCAGUUU